UCCCUUCCGGCGGUCCGCUGCUCGGGCGGCUCCAGCACCAGCGCCGGCUGCGUUCCGGGCCUCCGGCCGCCCGUCCAGCCCCUCGGCUACCGCCGCCGCCUCCCCCGCUCGGCGCCAUGGCCGCUGCGGCCGGGGACGGCACGGUGAAGCCGCUGCAGAGCGCCAUGAAGCUUGCCAACGGGGCCAUCGAGCUGGACACCGGCAACCGGCCCCGGGAGGCAUACACGGAAUACCUGAGGAGCAUCCACUAUAUCUCCCAGGUGUUACUGGAAGAAGUGGAAACCACUAAAGAAGCUGGGGAAACUGUGCCCCCCGACACCUCCAAGAUGCUGAAGCUAGCACAGCAGUGUCUGGAGAGGGCCCAGUCGACGGCCGCCAAGCUUGGGAAAACACGCCUGAAGCCAACCAUGCCUGCAGCUGCUCCCAUCCCCCAGCCUGCCGGACGACACCGCCGUGUAUACUCCGAUGAAGGAGGAAAGCUCUCUCCUUUUCUGCCACCCGAGAUCUUCCAGAAGCUUCAGGGGGCAGAGUCACAAAGCUGUAAGAAAGAGCUGACGCCACUGGAGGAGGCCUCCCUGCAGAAUCAGAAGCUGAAGGCUGCGUAUGAGGCCCGAAUGGCGAGGCUAGACCCCAGCCAGGCCAUGCAGAAGACAUCCCUGACCCUCUCUCUACAGCGGCAGAUGAUGGAGAACCUAGUGAUUGCCAAAGCCCGGGAGGAGACACUCCAGAGAAAGAUGGAGGAGCGCCGGCUGCGGCUCCAGGAGGCCGCCAACAGGAGGUUUUGCAGCCAAGUCGCCCUGACCCCGGAGGAACGGGAGCAGCGGGCCCUUUACGCCGCCAUCCUGGAGUACGAACAGGACCAUGACUGGCCGAAGCACUGGAAGGCCAAGCUCAAGAGGAAUCCGGGGGACCUGUCACUCGUGACCAGCCUGGUCUCACACCUGCUCAGCCUCCCCGACCACCCGAUCGCGCAGCUCCUGAGGCGGCUGCAGUGCUCCGUGUACAGCGCCCUGUAUCCCGCCGUGAGCAGAGCAGCCGCGCCAGCCCCAGGCUGCUGCCCCCCGACCCCCAACCCCGGAAGCCGACGGCUGCGGCCCUCGCAGAGCCUCCAUUGCAUGCUGUCCCCGCCCGAGCCCAGCGCAGCCCCGCGGCCCCAGGACAGUCCCCCCACGCCCCCACUCCAACCCGGCCCCGUGGGGUCUCCCUCACCCCUGGGGGACACCGCAUCUGGAUUGCCAGACAAGGACAGCUCGUUCGAGGACCUGGAGCAGUUCCUGGGGACGUCUGAGCGGCAGGGCCGGGGCCGUGGGGUACAGCCGGAGCCCCAGCUGCAGCAGCUGAAGACCACGGUGGAGGAGAUCCACAAUGCCAUAGCAGACAGGCUGCUCUCGCUGACCCUUCUGGCCUUCGAAGGCCUAAACACAGCUGCCUCCAAGGACCGCUGCCUGGCCUGCAUUGAGGAACCCUUUUUCUGCCCGCUGUGGCCUCUGCUGCUGGCCCUGUACAGGAGCGUGCACCGAGCCCGGGAGGCUGCCCUGAGCAGGAGCAUGGAGCUCUACAGGAAUGCACCUCCCACCGCCAUUGGCAUCCCCACCAAGCUCCUCCCCCAGAACCCUGAGGCCAAGGGGGCCACUGACUACCCCUACUGCGCGGCGGCCCAGGAGCUUGGACUGCUGGUCCUGGAGAGCUGCCCCCAGAAGAAGCUGGAGUGCAUAGUGCGGACCCUGCGGAUCAUCUGUGUCUGUGCGGAAGACUACUGCCCCACCCCAGAGGCCACACCCCAGGCCGGGCCCCCGCCCAUCGCUGCAGCUGCCAUUGGUGCCGAUGACCUGCUGCCCAUCCUGUCCUUCGUGGUGCUGAGGAGCGGCCUCCCUCAGCUGGUGUCGGAGUGCGCGGCCCUGGAGGAGUUCAUCCACGAGGGCAGGAGCUGGGGGCUGUCCCCUGAGCAACAUCUGCCUGGGGAGGGGAUGGGGAUCCAGUGCCAUCCCUGGCUCUACCGUCCAAGGACGAGCACAUGGUGGGAAAGGCCUCCUCUAGCCCAGCCGCCCGGACAGCCCCACCUGCCCACCCUCAGCACCCAGGUACCUGAUCGGAGAGGAGGGCUACUGCCUCACAUCACUGCAGAGUGCCCUGAGCUACGUGGAGCUGCUGCCCCGGGACGGCCUGGCCAAGUAGGACAGCUAGAGCCCAGGGUCCCUGCAGGGCCUGGCCUCGCCUCCCAGGGCUGUCUCUUCUACACCUGGAGCCAUGGGAUCUACUGAGGACCAUCCUGGAGCCUCACGCUGCUCUGCACAUGGUGGGGGCUUGUCCACUGUGGUGUGCUCUCCAGCUCUUCACCUUCCUCACCUCACAUCUGACCCUGGAGCUUGGGGUUGGCACCUCUGCCCCAACAGAAUGGGGCUGAAUCAGCUCCGGGAGGAACCAGGCCCUGCUCUCCUGUGUAGGCCUCAGAGAGGCCAAGAAGGGAAGCUUUGGGCUUCGGUGGGUGCAGGCUCAGCGAUGAACAUCUGGCUGGGGCAGCUCCUGGGGAGCAUCAGGGAAGAGGGGGCCAUGAGCCGGCCAGCAGUGGAGACGGCAGUCCAGUUUCUCUCCCCUCUGACCCCUAGAAGGGGAGUUGUAGCCCCAUGAACUAGUUUCUUGUCUGGGUCAGGAACAAGGGCCAGCUGGGGCCUGGGGUGCAGCUGGUGUCAGGGUGUGCUGUUUGCUGAUGGGCAGGGACACCCCUGCAGGGUCUCGGGCUCUGAGCCCAGGACAUUCCCUGUCCCUUGCUCACCUUGGCUGUGGGCUGUGAACAUUCCGGGACCCUGGGCAUCUUAUCUAGGUCCUUGCAGCCCAAGGGUCAGCCCUCUUGACUGUCACAUGCUGCCCCCACCCAGCCUAAAAUAAAGAGCUCACUGCUGUG